AUGGCUGUUGCGCGCGAUUUCCUGGCGCUGACCAAGCCGAAGAUCAUCUCCCUGCUGCUGGUAACCGCGGCCGGCGGGAUGUUCCUGGCGGAACAGGGGAUACCUUCCCUGCCGCUGCUGGGCCUGGUUUGGGCCGGCGGCGCGCUGGCAUCGGGAGGCGCCAACGCGGUCAACCAUUUCCUGGACCGGGACAUUGAUCGCGAUAUGCGACGGACGGCGGGGAGGCCUGUAGCGGGCCUGCGGGUUGCGCCCCGCUAUGCCCUGGCGUUCGGCGUGGCGCUCAACGUCGCGGCGUUCGUGCUCCUGGCCACGCUGGUAAACUUGCUGGCGGCCGGCCUGACGCUUUGCGCGACCCUGUUAUACGUGUUCAUAUACACGUUGUGGCUGAAACGCACCACGCCCAACAACAUCGUCAUCGGCGGAGCCGCCGGCGCCAUCCCGCCCAUGGUGGGCUGGGCAGCGGUGACCGGGGGGUUGGACCUUCCGGCGGUGUACCUGUUUGCGAUCGUCUUUUUCUGGACGCCGCCCCAUUUCUGGGCGUUGUCGUUGCUCAUACAGACCGACUACGAGCGGGCCGGCGUACCCAUGUUGCCGGUGGUGUCGUCGCGCCGACAGACUACAUUGCACAUCUUCCUUUAUUCGAUUGCGCUGAUGGGCCUGACGCUGAUGUUCGGGUUGUUGCCACAGGUGGGGUUGAUCUAUGUGGCAGCGGCGGCCGCCCUGGGCGCUCCUUUCGUCUGGUUGGCCUGGAGGCUGUGGCGCCGCGACGACAGGGGUCGUGCGAAGGCGACCUAUCUGUACUCGCUGGCGUACCUGGCGCUGCUGUUCGUCGCCGUCAUGGUCGAUAGCGUGGUCGGGAUUGCGUAG